AUGAGCAACAAACAAGUGGACGGUGAUUUGCAUUACAAGUUGUGCAAGAAAAUAGCACAACUAACGAAAGUUAUCUAUCACCUUAACCUGCAAAAUGAGGAUAACGACACACGGUUCAGUGAUAUCCGCGAGCGGCACGAUAAUGAGAUACGUCAGUUGCACGAUGCCACAAACAAACGUGUUGAGGAGGUGAAGGAAUCUUUUCGUGCGGCAGAGCAGGAUCGUAUUGGCAUUGUAGAGAACGCGCAGAGACAAUACAAGGAAUCCCUAGAAGCGGCGAAGGCGGAGUACUUACGGAAGAUAUCUGCAAUGACGGAGGAUUUGAAGGCCAGCAAGGCUCGUUUCGAAACGGCAGUGAAGGACGUGGUGGCAUCUUGUAAGGCUGAUGCAGAAAAGGCGAUAGCUGAAAAGUGCCAGUCAAAGGACGCUGAGACCGCCAAUCUUGUCCGAGAAUACAAUGACCGGUACAAAGCGAUGUUGGCGGAGCAGAUGAACGCUAGAGAUGAGUUAGAGAAGACGAUAAACGAUCUACGGUCCAAACUAGAGGGGGCUGAAAGGGCACACGCACAAGAACUGAAACAGCUGGAGGCGAAGCAAAAGGAUUCUGAUGCGAAGGCAGCGGCAGAAUUGGCCCGGUGGAAGGAAGAGUGUGAGAAGGCACGGGCAUGUGUGCAGAAAUUGCAGGCGGAGUGCGACUCCCUUAGUAACUGCCUCAAUGAAAAGGCGAGUUCCCUCGGGAGCUACCGUGAGACUGAGGCCAAACUACGCGAGAUUGUGAAAGCGUUAGAAAAUCGACUGAGUGACUCACAGAAGCAGUGCGAGACUCUCAAUGACACUCUGGCUGAAAAACUUCAGGAGCUUGCAAAGAAGGAUUCUAUUGUUAUUAAUCUGGAAAAUCAACGUAGUUUGCUCGAGACACGCAACAGCGAACUUACGACAAAGAAUUUAGAGUUGCAAAACCAGAUAAGUGUGCUGGAAAAACGCUUAGAAACGCUUAGCACCCAGCUCCACGAUAUUGAGAAAUUAAACCAGGAUGAAGCUAACCAGCACAGCCAGUUCGAGGCUCAGCUACGGGGGAAGUGUGCAGACCUACAGCGGUGUAUUGAGGAGCUUGAGAAGCGGCAUCUGGAGGAUUUGGAUCAACUCCGUAAGAGUCAUGCCAAAAGUAUGGCUGACUAUCAGUCGUCAGCAACGAGGGCUGCCGAAGAGGCCAGUGACGAAUUCCGCUGUGCGAAAGAGGAGAUGGCCAGAUUGCACGAGGCUGAGAAGGACAAAAUGAAAAAGGAGCACGAGAAGCAAGUUGCAGAACUGAAACGGGAUCACGACCGGCAAAUCAACAGCAUCCGGGAGAGUCUAUCUACUGCUAGUCGUGCUGAGGCGGAAAUGCAAGAACUGGAGAAAAAGCUGCGUGAUACUAUUGCUUCUUUAGAGGCUGAACUGAAGGUAGCGUGGGAGAGGUUGGAGGAAACCGACAAGUGUCUGAAGGAGGUAACGCAGAAUCUAGAGGAGGAAACGCUUCGAUACGCUCAGCGGUUGCAGGAAUUGGAGACGGAUGCGGAGCAGCGGGUUAGAGCCGUGUGUGCCGAUCGCGAUGGCAAGAUCUCCGCUCUUGAGGCGCAGCUUGCCGAAAUUAGGCAAGAGGCGGAAUCCCGGCUCAAGGAAGUUGCGAGGGAGUGGGAACAAAAACUGGAAGAAGGGCGAAACGCAAACAACAGAGGAUUAGUAGCUGAGUUAGAGGCAUGCCACAAUGCGUACGCCCAGCAAUUGAAACUAUUGAGUACACUACACGAAGGGCAACUGCACCACUUCUCCCAAAAGGAAGUGAUGUGCCUUGAACAAGUCACAUCCCAUUGCAAUUCGGUAAUAAAAAACAUUGCAGAUCGGGCAAAGAACGAUACCGAUGAGAAGGAGGCAGUUCAUCGUGCUCUCAAAGAGAGCGGUGAUCGACUACGGCAGCGUGAAGAAGAUCUCCGGCGGCUAAAAGAGCAGCUUGACGGCAUUCGCGGUGACGCAAAUAAGCAAAGAAGCGUCAUGCUUGAAGAAAUCCAAGCGCUGAAGGGCCUUAUAGCAAAACUUAUCGCGGAGAAGGAAGGCCUGGAAGCAUCCGAUCGAAAUAUGUCUAAUGAACUGCAGGAGUUGCGCCGAAAUUUUGCAACCAGUCAGCGGGAUGCGCUCGACGCUCAGAGGCAGGUGCAGGAUCUAGAGGCUACCAUUGCAACGCUGAGAGAAGAUGCGAAGCGAGCAAUUCAGGACGCGGAAACAAGGUUGCAGGAAUCCCUCAAGGCCGUAAUGGAUUCUUGCGAGCAGAAGGCGAAGGCAGAACUUGACAACCUACGAGCCUCGGCUGCGAUGGAGCGUGACAACUUGCAGCGACGGGCAGACGAAUCUCUUUCUGCGCUGCGACUAAAGUACAAUAAUACACAGGAGGAACUUCGUGACGCGAUGUUAAGGAUUGACGGGCUUACUAACGAGUUGGGUAGGUGCUCGGAGGAGUUGAAAAUGGAGCGCCAGAGGCUGGCGGCAGCAAAGUCCGAGUUUGAUGAAAUUCUCAGGCGGAAACAGCAUGAUCAUGACGAGAAGAUGCAACAUUUGGAACAACAAGCGGAGAACAUCUUGAAUGAACUGGGCAUGAAACACAAGAUGUUUGUUGACGACCUGAUUCAGCAACAGCAAGAAGAGCGUACCGGGCACAAUGCAAGGUUAAGGGAGUUGCAGAGGGCGUUUGAUGACCUUCGGCACCGCUAUGAGUACCGAGAGUCGCGUCAGGAAGAUGUGGAGAUGAUUAACCGCCUCAUGAAGGAGGCAAAGAAAAAGGAACAGGACCUGAAGAAGGCGUUGGAGGAUAUGAAGAUGUAUAAACUUGAGCUUGUCAACCGUGAGGACAACUACAACAAAGUCUUUGGGAGGCGGCCUGUCGUUGCACCGAGGGAGGCUGCAAGUAAGUUUCAAUCGCGCUGA